GGUAAUAAGGCCGCCUAUGUUUGUUUGCACGAGCCAAGUCUUUCUCCAUUUUCCCGCAUCAACAGUCAAAUCCAAUCCGCAAUCUCUAUUGAACAUUCCACAUUACCUCUUCUCUUACCUGUUUAUUUUACCCGCCAUCAACCAUCGUUUGUGUUUUCAAUUUACCGGUGCUAUGCGUACUACCACCUCCAAUCGAAUUUGAGCGCUGGGUCUUUCAUAUCCCAACUACAGAUUACUCCAAAGUGGUUUGUCAUUUUGAUGGGAUGGGCGGUCUGUCUACAGCUUAGGCUCAUUGCUGCGCUUUUUAAGUGCUGAGCGAUUCUGAUUUUUUUAAGUGCUGAGCGGUUCGAGAGUUGAUCUAUGCUACGCAAGAGAAUAUGCCCGCCCACUUGACAGGAAAACAGAUUUAAUUUAAUAUAUGAGGGGUAAAUCAUUCUAUUUUUAAUCAAAUGCUUUAUUUUUAAUAAAGUAUAGACACUUUUUCAAAUUUAUUAAAGUAAACUUUAAGUGUUUCAAGUCUAGAGUUUCGUGCAACGCAAAUAUAUUUUUGUUUUACUUUUUUUACAUUUAAUUUGUUCAUUUAAGUUUUAUUUAUUCAGUUUUUCUUCUUUAAUUGGGGCCAUUUUUCAUUACAUUUUUCUGACCUCAUUAUCCCCUUAAGAAGUCCCCUAACCUUCUUACAAACCGCUUUUGCUGGCGCAAUCUUCUCAUCAUAUUCUUGUUAUCCUUUCAUAAAAAGCUAUGACUCGUUUUGCAUUUUCUGCCCCAAGGGGAAUAUGCGUUAAAAAAUGGCGCAACGAUGAGUCGGCUGUGCCGGCAAUUCUUUUUAAGGUAAACGGGUAUUAAGCUCAGCAAACGUGCUAAAUAAUAUC